AUGGUGGUGACCCAUCUGGUUCUGGAGCUGCGUUUCCAGGGGAAGAAGCUGAGGGGUUUCUCGUGCAAACUGACCCGCUCGGCCCGUGGCUUCCUGCCAGAGAGCUCGUGGAUCAUUGCGUUCCAGGUCCUGCUGCCUUACCUGGCGUCUGGGCUGGGCAUGGUGGCAGCUGGGAUAGUCAUGGAUAUAGUGCAACACUGGGAGGUGUUCAAGGAGAUGUCAGAAGUGUUUAUCUUGGUGCCAGCCCUGGUGGGGUUGAAGGGGAAUCUGGAGAUGACAUUGGCAUCCAGACUGUCAACAGCGGCCAACACAGGGCAGAUGGAUGAUGCUCAGCAGCAGUGGAGUAUGGUGUUCUGUAAUCUGGCUCUCAUUCAGGUCCAGGCCACAGUUGUGGGUUUCCUGGCAGCAGUUGCAUCAGUGAGUCUCGGGGGUCUGACCAGGGGGAGAGUGGACGUUAUCCAGGCUUGUGUCCUGUGUGCCAGCAGUGUCACAACUGCUUUCAUCGCUGCACUGUCUCUAGGUCUGGUGAUGGUGGCGGUGAUUAUUGGAUCAAGGAAAGUGGGCAUCAACCCAGAUAAUGUGGCCACGCCCAUCGCUGCCAGUCUUGGAGACCUCAUCACUCUGUCUCUGCUUGCUAGGGUCAGCAGCCUCUUCUUCUGUUACAGAGACAUGUGGUACCUGCCCCCUGCAGUGUGUGGUUUCUUCCUGCUUCUCAUUCCACUGUGGGUCAGUAUUGCCCAACGCUCUCCAUCAGUCAGAGAUGUCCUAAAGUCAGGCUGGCAACCUGUCAUUUUGGCCAUGUUCAUCAGCAGUAUUGGUGGUCUGAUUCUGGAUAAGACAGUGAGCAAUCCAAAGUUCGAAGGCAUGGCAGUGUUUACUCCAGUCAUCAAUGGUGUAGGGGGAAAUCUGGUGGCCAUCCAGGCCAGUAGGAUGUCCACCUACCUCCACUCCUGGGGUGUUCCUGGAGCCCUUCCAUUUAAAAUGAGCGGGAGCUGUCCUGGACCCUGUGCUACCCUCUGCUCCUCAGAUGUGAACUCCAAAUCAGCAAGAGUCCUUGUCAUCCUUGUAGUCCCGGGCCACCUGCUCUUCCUGUACACCAUCCACCUCCUGCAGGGAGGCCAUACUGCCAUGACACCCACCUUCAUCAUCUGCUACCUCUGUGCAGCUCUGCUUCAGGUGAUGAUUUUGCUUUACGUGGCCAGCCUGAUGGUGCGAUGGCUGUGGAAAAGAGGACUGGAUCCAGACAACUUCUCCAUCCCCUACCUCACAGCUUUUGGUGACCUGUUGGGUACUGGCUUCUUGGCACUGAGCUUCAGACUGAUCCUAAUUGUCAGUUCUUCUGGGACUGGAGUUUGA